AUGAGGAUUAUCAAUCAAUUAAAAGAUAAACUUUUGGCAAAAGAUCUGUUCGAUGAAUUGCACGAAAAAUCAGAAGAAUUAAAAAGACAAAUCAAUGAAGAGAAAAGCUCAAAAAAUCUUGAGAAUAUCAAGAAAAAUGUUGAUAAAUUAAAAGAAACUAAUGCUGAACUAGAAGAUAUUAACAAAGAAUUGGAUGUUGAAAAAUUAACUGAUAAGAAAGAAAUCGAUGAAGAAAUUCAAAAAUUAAAACAAGACGAUGCUGAAUAUCCAAACAAUCUUAUUACCGAACUGACAAAACAACGAAAUAUCAAGAAAGAAAAAGUCAUUAAACCAAAUAAAUACAAUGAAUACGAAGAAAUCAUCAAUACUCCAUUUGACUAUCCGCAAACUUUAAUAGAUGUGUUAGAUUUGGAUAAGAUUAAACAACUUAAUAAUGAUAAAUUGUUGGAUAAUAAACAAAAAAUUAAUUUGGAAAAUUCAUUCAGAAAAAAACUUAAUGAAUUAAACACAAAGGUUGUUCAAGAAGAAAAAGAAAAAUAUAACAAGAUUGAAAAAAUGAUCAAUGAAUGUGAAGAUCCUGUUCUGCUUAAUUCGGAAAUGUUUAAUGAAAUUUACAGGUUGAUUGAAAGCAUCGAUGAAAAGAUUAUUGGGCAUGGAA